AUGGCGUUGGCUGAGCCAGAGCGGAAAGUCAGAUGGCUCUUCCCGAUCAUCGGCCACAUGGGGAUCUGCACAUCGACCGGAGUCAUUCGGGACUUCGCGGGGCCGUACUUCGUCUCAGAAGACAACAUGGCAUUUGGGAAGCCAGUGAAGUACUGGAAACUGGAUCCAAGCAAAGUGUACUCCACUGGUUCCAAUGCUUGGGACACGGCUGUACAUGAUGCCUCAGAGGAGUACAAGCACCGAAUGCACAACCUCUGUUGUGAUAACUGCCAUUCUCAUGUAGCUCUGGCCUUAAACUUGAUGAGAUAUGAUAACAGCACCUCCUGGAACAUGGUGAAACUCUGCUUCUUCUCCCUGCUCUAUGGGAAGUAUGUGAGCAUAGGGGGGUUUGUGAAGACCUGGCUGCCCUUUGUCCUCUUCUUGGGGGUGAUUGUGACCAUUGUUCUCACACUUCAUUUGCGGUGA